CUCUUGCAGAUCUUCUCCAUCAUCGUGUUCGGCUCCAUCAUCAACGAGGGCUACGUCAACAGCGAGAAGUCCCCCAUCCUGCGGUGCAUCUACAAUGGCCACGAGGGAGCCUGCAACUACGGCGUGGCCAUCGGCCUCAUCGCCUUCCUGGCCUGCUGCUUCUUCCUCGUGGUGGACCUCUAUUUCCAGCAGAUCAGCAGCGUGAAGGACCGGAAACGGGUGGUUCUCCUGGACCUCGGCUUCUCGG